AUGGCCACAAGCCAUCUUCCCUUGCUCACCCUUCUCACCACGUUGUCCUCGCUUGUUCUAGGUCAAUCCGGAAAUGCGUCGGCAGUGUAUGAGACCCGCUUCGACGGUGUCACCUGGGACAGCGCAAAUUGGGUGCUCACUACAACCAAUCUCGACCAAGGUCAUUAUCAGUCUCGAAUGACAGUGGCAAAUGGCUACCACGGAAUCAAUGUGGCGUCCCUGGGGCCUUUCUUUGAAAUCGACACCCCAGUCGACGGUGACACCAUCAAUGGCUGGCCACUUUACGGCCGACGACAAACGUUUGCGACCGUGGGUGGAUUCUGGGAUUCCCAGCCCAAAACAAACGGCACCAACUUUCCCUGGCUAUACCAGUAUGGUUGGGACACUGCCAUCAGCGGCAUUCCUCAUUGGGGUGGCAUCGUCGUGGACUUGGGAGGCAGCAACUUCCUGGCCGCUUCGACCAACAGCUCAACGAUUUCCAACUUUGAAUCAAGCCUCGACAUGAAGAAUGGUCUGAUGAACUGGGCAUUCACCUGGACUCCCGGCGGUCAUGGCUCAUUCAACGUGUCCUACCAAAUGUUUGCACACAAACUCAAUGUCAAUCAAGGAUUUGUCACCAUGAACAUCACCGCUGCCAGGCCCACUAAUCUCACAAUUGCGAACGUGAUCCAUGGGGACUGUGCCGUACGUACCACUCCGGCAGAAAAAGGUGUCGACUCGGGCAUCAUCUUCACCGCGGUUCAACCGAACGGCAUCGACAAUGUCACAGGCUAUGUCUAUGCUGGAAUGUCUCACAGUGGCGCUACCGUCCGGUCGGUCGAGCAGGCCUCCUGGGACAGACCGUAUGUGGGAAAUAAUGAAUCUUCCGUGGCCAGCGCCGUCAAUGUUACCCUUGAGGCUGGACGAGUUGCGACCUUUACGAAAUUUGUUGGCAUUGCUUCGACUGAUGGAUAUGCUCGUCCUCGCGUUGUUGCCAGAGAGGCAGCACUAGCCGGGCAAGAAGCAGGAUACGCGGCGUCUCUGCAAACUCAUGCCGAAGAAUGGGCUACGCAAUUCCCUCCCACCUCAGUGGAUGACUUUUCAUAUCCGGAAAAUGGAACACUCCCAAACGACCCGUACAUCAUCGAGGCGGCCAUUACAGCAGUGACCAACCCUUAUCACUUACUCCAGAAUACCAUCUCUGAGAAUGCAAUGCUGGCCUCCGGCAAUGCCUCGAUCAACAGCCACAGUAUUGCAGUCGGAGGGCUCGGAUCGGAUUCUUAUGCAGGACAGAUCUUCUGGGAUGCUGAAAUUUGGAUGCAGCCUGGCCUGGUGGCCGCAUUCCCCGCUUCGGGCAGGGGUAUCGCCAACUAUCGUGUCCAGCGGUAUCAUCAAGCGUUAGCCAACGUCAAGACGGCCUACCAAUCAUCCAAAAACGACACCCAUUUCACCUCCAACGCCGCCAUUUUCCCGUGGACCAGUGGUCGGUUUGGAAACUGUACAGCCACCGGUCCUUGCUGGGACUACGAAUACCAUAUCAACGGCGACAUCGGUCUCGAAUUCGCAAACUACUGGGUGGUUUCCGGAGACACGCCAUAUUUCCGCGAGGAACUCUUCCCCAUUUACGAUUCCGUCGCCACACUGUACUCCGAACUUCUCCAAAAGGACGGAUCCAGCUGGUCACUCACCAACAUGACGGACCCAGACGAAUACGCCAACCACGUCGACAACGGUGGCUUCACCAUGGCAUUGAUCUCCAGCCAUCUCACCAACGCAAAUACCUUCCGGGCGAUGUUUAAUGAAGUGCCAAACGCGACGUGGAGCUCCCAAGCCGAAAAUGUGUUUAUUGCUCGCGACGCGGAAGCCAACAUCAUCAUGGAAUACGACGGUAUGAAUGGGAGUAUCACCGUCAAACAAGCCGACGUGAUCCUCAACACGUAUCCUCUCUCCUUUACCGGCCAGAACUACACUUCAAACGACUCGCUGAGCGAUUUGGACUACUACGCCGCCAAACAAUCCGUCGAUGGGCCGGCCAUGACCUACGCCAUCUUCUCGAUCAUCGCCAAUCAAGUUUCACCCUCUGGCUGUUCGAGCUACACCUACCAACAAUAUUCCACCCACCCCUACGUCCGCGGUCCUUGGUUCCAGUUCUCGGAACAGCUCAUCGACAACUGGCAAGAAAACGGCGGAACGCAUCCGGCGUACCCAUUUCUGACCGGUCAUGGCGGAUCCAACCAAGUCGUGCUGUUCGGAUACCUUGGGUUGCGCCUGAUUCCGGACUACCACUUGCACGUCGACCCGUCGCUGCCACCACAGAUUCCCCAGAUUCGAUAUCGCACGUUCCACUGGCACGGCUGGCCCAUCUCGGCCUUCUCGAACCAGACACACACGAUCUUGACGCGCAACGGCAGCAUCACGCCCGCCGAAGGUGCUGUCCCCGACGCCACCUACGCGUCAUCACCGAUCCCCGUCGUCGUUGGCCCCAUCGGCUCCGCGCCUCUCUCGACCCAUUUCCUCGCACCGAAUUCCAGUAUCACCAUCCCCAACCGCCACACGGGACAAAUCAAAACAACCCCCGGCAACGUCGCGCAGUGUCUCCCCGUGACGUCUCCCGACGACUUCCUCCCAGGCCAAUUCCCCAUUGCGGUCGUCGACGGCGCCGCCAGCACGAAAUGGCAACCCGCCCUCGCCAACCAGACCGCCAGCAUCACCGUGACUUUGCCUGUCGGCUACCACGUCUCAUCCAUGCGCUUUGACUGGGCCCAGGCCCCGCCGCUGAACUACACUGUGCUCUUCCACAACGACACGCUCGAUUUCCCGAGCGCCUUGACCGCCAGCACACAGCCGGGCGUGCAGCAAGUAGCCCGUAACUCCUCCAUCCGCAUCACGAACCCGUACAACGAGACCGAGAUCUUGGGCAUUGAGUCCAUCGAAGCCAACGUCACGAACUCCGCCAUAGGCCCAGACGUCUAUACAGCACGCUACGCCACGCUGCAGAUCUGGGGCAGUUUGUACAAUGGCACGCUGGACGCGGAGAAUAUGUCCGGCGACGGCGCCACGGUGGCCGAGUGGAGUAUUAUUGUCGAUAAUCUUCCUGGGCUUGAUGGAAGUAGUGGUGGUGAAGCUGUCAAGAAGAGAGAUGAGUUGGCUGGAACAAAUUUGAUGACUAGAAACGAGAUGAAUAUGGAUGUCCGGCUCAAGUUGGGUCGUGUCGCGAGGUAUAUGCAAGGGAGGAAGAGGAUGGGUAUGUAA